AUGGAGCAGCCGCCUCAGGAGUCGCCUCAGGAGCCGUGGGGGCGGCUCCUCCGCUUUGGCGGUGAGGAGAGCGAGCCGCCUGUUUUCCUGCGGAAACGCGAGUGGACCAUCGGGCGAAGGAGAGGUUGUGACCUUUCAUUUCCUGGCAAUAAACUGAUCUCUGGAGAUCACUGUAAAAUUAUUGUGGAUGAAAAAUCCGGUCAGGUGUCACUAGAAGAUACCAGCACCAAUGGAACAGUAAUUAACAAGCUGAAGGUUGUUAAGAAGCAGACUUGUCCUUUACAAACGGGGGAUGUUAUCUACUUUGUAUACAGGAAGAACGAGCCAGAACACAACGUGGCGUACCUCUACGAGUCUUUAAGUGAGGAGCACGGUGUGGCACAGGACUCCUUCGAGGCCAAUAAAGAAAACAUGUUCCACGUGACCAAAGAUACCUCAGGUGCAGGGCAAGGGGAUGAGCCCCAGGUCCUGCUGCCAUCGCCCACCACUCAGGUGUGCUUUGAGGAACCACAGCCAUCAACGUCAACGUCUGACCUCUUCCCCCGGGUCGCUACCUCUUCCAUGGAGCCCCCUGCAGGGCGAGCACUGCCCUCCAGCUCCGCCACCGGAGAUGCCGGCAUCUCCCCGAAAGGAUGUGGUCCACCUGUGACAAGCGAAGACACCUCCAGCAUCCCUUCAGCUGUCCCCAGCAGAGAGGGAGCAUCCUUUCUUCCAUCAGAACCGCAGAAUCCGGAAGGUCUGGAGCCCGUUAAGAAGAGAAUGAGAGAAGAUGGGGAACCCAACCUGAACCUGCAUUUGUUGGUAAAAGACCAGGGUAGGGACACCCACAGCGCCCCCGAGGGGGUCAGGGCUGCGGCUGCGAAGCCUGACAGGAUGGAGGAGCAGCUCACGUGCUGCAUCUGCCAGGACCUGCUGCACGACUGUGUGAGCCUGCAGCCCUGCAUGCACACCUUCUGCGCGGCCUGCUACUCGGGCUGGAUGGAGCGCUCCUCACUGUGCCCCACGUGCCGCUGUCUGGUCGAGCGGAUUUGCAAAAACCACAUCCUCAACAACCUGGUGGAGGCGUACCUUCUCCAGCACCCAGACAAGAGGCGGAGCGAGGAAGAUGUGCAGAGCAUGGCCGCCAGGAACAAGAUCACUCAGGACAUGCUGCAGCCCAAAGUCAGGAGGUCUUUCUCAGAUGAGGAGGACAGUUUGGAGGACCUGCUGGACCUGUCAGAUGAGGACAGCGAAUCCUCGGAUGUUAGCCAGCCAUACAUCGUGUGCAGACAGUGCCCCGAGUACCGGAGGCAGGUGGGGCAGCUCUUUCACUACUCAGGACCUGGCAGCGAGCUGCGGGCACUGCAGGCAUCCGGGGACACACCAUCAACAUCUGCCAGUGUCAUACAAGCCCAGGACUAUGUGUGCACCCUGCAAGGGAGCCAUGCCAUAUGCACCUGCUGCUUCCAGCCCAUGCCUGACCGGAGGGCGGAGCGUGAGCAGGACCCCCGCAUCGCACCCCAGCAGUGUACCGUCUGCCUGCAGCCUUUCUGCCACCUGUACUGGGGCUGCGCCCGCACCGGUUGCCUCGGCUGCCUGGCCCCCUUCUGUGAGCUCAACCUGGGUGACAGGUGUCUGGACGGGGUGCUGAACAACAACAACUACGAGUCUGACGUCCUGAAGAAUUACCUCGCGGCCAGGGGUUUGACGUGGAAGAACGUGUUGGCUGAGAGCCUGGCAGCGCUGCAGAGGGGCGUGUUCCUGCUGUCUGACUACAGGGUCACGGGGAGCACCGUGCUGUGCUACUGCUGUGGUCUGCGGAGCUUCCGAGAGCUGACCUACCAGUAUCGGCAGAACAUUCCUGCCUCCGAGUUGCCAGUGGCUGUAACUUCCCGUCCGGACUGCUAUUGGGGUCGCAACUGCCGUACUCAGGUGAAGGCCCACCACGCAAUGAAAUUCAAUCAUGUCUGUGAACAGACGCGGUUCAAGAACUGAGCAUCUGAGGAGGCACCACGGUGGCUUGGGAGCACAAGGGUCAGUGACAGCGUGUUUCAGGAAGGACUAAAUAUGAACACUGUAGGGCAUUUUACAUUCCCUCAGGGCACGCUGUGGGUCUCUGCAUCCAGCACUCUGGUGUGGCUUUUUGUUCUGUGGAGGAGACCCUCACAAUGAGGCCCCAGAAACAGCCCUGGGGGGCCCAGAGCUUCCGUCCUCUGAGCUUGGGGCCACCUGAAGCGCUUCAGCCAGAACAGCCAUCAGCUGUCCCCUCCUUCUGAGCUGGUGGUGUGCAGGUUUGCUCUUUGUACCUUUCCCACAGCUGUGGUUAAAACGCACAUCUCUUUCCAAGAAAAGUUUAAUGAGAGAAAAAGGAAAGUUUGUCAGAAACGUUCUGUUCUUUAAGGAAAACGUUUACAGCCCACAGGCUUUGCAGUACCCUGUAGGGAAAGCGACAGCUCUUACGAGCUUUUAUUUUAAUAGGGUUGGUGCUUAUCUUUUAAUAAGAUUUAAAUACCACAAAUUGUAGCACAAAUAAUAUAAUUUAUAAUUUACAAAUUGACUAAUACUAGGGAUAGAUAGUACGGUAUUUGGAUAAACAAACAUGUUUCUGUUUAUUAAUAAAAAACACGAUCAGGUGUCCAGAACUGCUAACCCUGGACACCGACACUGAGUGUGUGGCCCCUCCCAGGCCUGGGAAAGUUGGGGCGCCACCACCCUGAGCCUGUAAGCAAAGAGCUGGCCCUGCUGCUCCUCUGUCUGCAUAGCUGCAGGCCCCACCCACUGUCCCCAAGUUCUUUAUUCCCUCCUGUGGGUCCCUGGCCAUGGGCAGCCAAGGUUCAGGUGCAGGUCAGCCCUGCUGCCACCUCGACCCCCCCCAGAGCAGCCCCUUCCUGCCAAGAGCUCCAGGGGCCUUGGCUUCCGCUAGUCCUUGCCCUUUCCUCCUGCACUGGGUUUGCUGUCAUCUGGAAUAAUACUUGAAAUUUUGUUCUUUGUAAAAGAAAAAAUAUUUUUUAUCUUUUAUUAAAAUCACUUGUUAAUUUUGUUUGAAAAAUUGUAACUUUUUUGCUUCUUCUCAGGAAUACGAUUUUAAACUGUUGUCUUGCUCUUGACACAGACUGAGAAGCAGCACCUGUUUGUGAGAGAAGGCCUCCUUCCUGAAUUCUAAUAAACAAGCCGUGUCUGUUUC